UAUCCUUCGUGGAGGAUGGAAACGGAUGAGGAUUGCAAUCGCCAGGGGGCAGCAGCAGCAGCAGGAGGAGCCAUGGCCGCGCGGCCGCGCUGGUUCGCGUUCGGGUUCAACGCCUUCGGGCAGCUCGGCGCGGCGCGGAGCGAUCCGCCGGAGCUUUGCGUGACCCGUCCGAGACGCGUCACGCUCGGGGCCCGCGGGAGGGCAGGGGCAGGAGACGACGAAGGGCGGCACGAGGAAGAAGACGGAGACGACGACGACGAUGAGCAGGCCGUGGUUGACGUGGCCCCGGCUUGGGGCAGCGCGGCGCUGCGCGGUUCUCGAGACGUGUGCGUCCAGGGGUUUGCACAGGGAGGGAGAGCGGGCCCCACACGCGUUCCCCUGGCCGACGGUGCGCAGCAGCUGGCAUGCAAUGAUAGUUUUCUCGUGCUCGUGACGCACGCGUGUGCCCAGGUGUGGGAGUGGAGCUUGGCUCUCCUGCCUCCAGAGGACUUGCAUGAGAAUGCACGUCCCCUUUGGGACAUGCCCCUACUCUCGGGAGCAAAGGAGACACCAGCAGUGCUCCCUCUCGUGCCCGGUGGUUAUGUUGACCUGCGACCUCCUUUCUUCCAUCCACUGCCUGAGCUGGCGGGAGGGGUGCGGGCUCUCCAACUGGCCCUGGGGCGCGAGCAUGUGCUCCUUCUCACAGAUGAUGGAACCAUUUGGGGUUGGGGCCCCGGCAGGCAUGGACAGCAAGGACAUGGUACAACAGAGGCCGAGGCGGCCCCCCGGCCCGUCGAGGGACUGCAGGGCCUUCCCAUGGUGGGCGUAGCGGCAGGGGGGUGGCACUCGGUGGCCCUCAGCAGGGGUGGGGAUGUUUACACUUGGGGCUGGAAUGAAGCUGGACAGCUGGGCCUGCCAUCAAAACGUGGUCUCGGUGAGGGGAGUAACUCUCCAAAACGAUGCAAUCUCCAUGGGCGGGAGAAUGAUUGUUCACUGGUGCCACCGUCGGAUACAAACAAACAACAACAUGGGUGCAGAGCGGAUGAAGAACGAGAGCCACAAGACGCCUCUCAUGGAGAAAAGGGAGAAUCACAGAAGACGGGAACACAGUACAUCUCAAUACAAGCCUUCCCUGCACUGCUGGACUUCCCCGGCGAUGAUGAGAUUUCGGCCGUCGCCGCUGGGUCCAGGCACACAGUCGCCCUCACGAAGUGUGGCAAGCUCUACACAUGGGGAUGGGGGGAGCAUGGCCAGCUGGGCCAUGGCUCCCGCAGGAGUUGGGACGAGCCACAGCACGUGGAAUUCUUCUGCCAGCACAGCCUCGAGGUGGUGGCAGUGCGCUGCGGUGACUGGAGCACCUUUGCAAUGGCACGGCCUAUGCCCAGCAAUAAAUAAAGUAAAUGUUUCCUAUUUAUAGGGCUUGAAAGUGUCUUUGGAAUUACCUACUAUAAUCACCCAUAAAUGUCUGUCCGUCCCACGUGUGACGUCACUCCACAUGAGGCCCAUCCCCCCGUGUGACGUCACUCCACAUGAGGCCCAUCCCCCCGUGUGACGUCACUCCACAUAAGACCCACCCCCCUUAUUAAUAUUCAUGAGUGGGUGGAUUUUUACACGAAUGCAGAAAAAGGUCGAGCUGAAUUAAAUAAUUUAUUACGCAAAGUUGCUUCAAAUAUGACGUUUCUUUACAGAAAGUGACGGUGAAAAAUAAAUCGACGCAGCACAGUGCUACAUCCGUGCGUGAUGUCACUGCAAAAGAGACCCUCUCAUUCAUAUUCAUGCCCGCGUGGAAAUUUACACGAACGCACAAGAAGGUUGCGCACUCCACAUGACGCACCCCUCCCAACAUUCUGCACCCCUCCACAAUAACCAUGAGUGGGUGACGUCACUCCACAUGUCGCACCCCUCUCCAAUAACCAUUAGUGGGUGACGUCACUCCACAUGGGGCUACCCACCCCCUCAAUAAUCAUGAGCUGAACAAUUUUAUUUAUUGAAUAUUUCAUAUUUACUGCAAUAUGCACCCGUCCUUGGAUGGGCAAAAAAGCUCGUCUUUUAUAUUCGACAUGGUGUCUGUCAAUUCUAGCAAUGUUGAAGAAAGCAUGGCCCUUUAAGGCCCUUGAUUGGUACAAUUGGCAAAAUGUGUUGAUGUAAUGAAAUUUGAAACUUAAUAUAUAGAAAUGGAGACAUCAAUGAUAACUUCGGUUUAAGGCCAUAGCUUACACUGCAUCAAAAUAUAUUUCGCCAUGUGUAAAUCAGCUUUGCCCACCAGAUUUACUUAUGGCAAAAGUAAGUGGACGCCACACCAAGUCACCAGGUCAGAUGUCAAACCUAUAGUCAGACGAGCAAAAGUGUGGAUUUACACUGCGAAUAUACAGUGAAGGCCUGUAAUCUAUCACUGCGGAGACAGGUUUGUGGAUCGUCUGUGAGAUUCCCACACCUGCUUGGCUGUGCAUUGAGCAGGACUUGACAGGACAAUAAACGGCUUCAUAAACCCA